UCUUUUGAAACCUUGACCUUUGAAAGCGUCAAAAUGGCAGACAGCGUGAGAACAAUUUUGGGUGGUGCUACAGAGUACUUAGCAGUUGCUGGAGCAGUGUCAGUUUCAUAUGUCGCAUUGAGGUUAUGCUUAUCAGUUUUUAAAGCACUGCAUACUUUCGUUUUGUCAAAAUAUGCAGGAAUCGGGCCGUAUCUACGCAAGAAGGGAGAGUGGGCAGUUGUUACUGGGGCAACUGAUGGUAUAGGCAAGGAAUAUGCUAUACAACUGGCUUCUUAUGGUAUUAAUAUUGUACUCAUCAGUAGAACACAAUCCAAACUUGAACAAGUUGCAGCUGAAAUAGAAUCCGCACAGAAGGUAAAGACCAGAAUUAUAGCUGCAGAUUAUUCCAAUGGUGAAACAAUUUAUGAUGAUAUAAGAAACAAGCUUCGUGGUCUUGAUAUAGGUGUUUUAGUAAACAAUGUGGGGCUUUCAUAUGAUUUCCCAGAAUUUUUCCUUGAUGUCCCAGACAGGGAUAAUUUUUUCAUGAAGCUUUUACAUGUGAAUUGUACAUCUAUGACAGCGAUGACUAGUAUAGUGUUACCAGACAUGUUGGAGAAGAAGAAAGGUGUGGUGAUAAAUGUAGCAUCAGCUGCUGGAUGUACACCUACACCAUUGUUGUCCGUGUACUCUGCUUGUAAGGCAUAUGUGAGAUACCUAUCUGAGUGUUUAAAUUUUGAAUAUGCUAGCAAAGGAAUUACUGUACAGUGUGUAAACCCCUACUUUGUGUGUAGUAACAUGAGUAAAGUAAGGAAACCAAGUAUGUUUAUUCCGUCUGCGAAGACUUAUGUAUGUUCAGCACUGAACACAGUUGGAAUUAGUUCUGUAACCAAUGGUUACUGGGUUCAUUCAUUAACAGACUGGUUGUUAGGCUCAUUUCCAAGCGCUUUGCGUGAGAAAUAUCAAUAUAAACUGUUACUUGAUCAAAACAAAAGAGCAAAAAGGAAGCAGGCUGGCAAGAAAGCAAAUUGAUAAAGGCUGUUUAUUGAUAGAGAGUUUCAACAAAACAUGAAAAUCAGGAGCUGUCUUUUUGGUUGAUGCAGAUUCCAAAUAAAACCCAUAUUUUUCCUUCAAGUGAUCCUGUUAUUGAACUUUUAUAACAUUUAAUGUUAAUGAUAAUAAUUUUUGUUAAACAUUUAAGAUAAGAAGAAAGUUGUUUAAAAAAAUUCAAAUUUUCUGAGAGAAAAAAAAGAGAAAAAGAUUUAACAUAUUGCUAACAACAUUAACUUUCAAAGUUGAAUUUAAACAAUGCUUUAUCAUGGAUAUAAUGUAGUAAUAAAUUAAUUCCAUUAUGGACCAAAGCUCAACAUCUUUUGUUGUUUUGAUUUUCUUUUCUACUGAAAAUAUAAAUACAAUGUACACUAUUUAUUCACUUUAUUUAAAGAAUGUAUGUAUGAAUGUAUUCCAAAGGAUGUAUGUUAAGAACUUACGAUAUAGGCUUUUCUUUCUGUUUACUUUAUUUGUUACUUUGUAUUAUUAUUUUUUCUUUAUUAAUGUUUUUUUUUUUUAAUCAGAUAUGUUAGUGAGAUAACUACAUGGUUAAAGUAUUGUGUUCAAUAGCAUAAUUAAUGCCAACACUGUAGUUAAACCCAUUGAGGCGCGUCAUGACAAAACCAACAUAAUGGGUUUGCGACCAGCAUGGAUCCAGAACAGCCUGCGCAUCCGCGCAGUCUGAUCAGGAUCAUGCUGUUCACUAUCUCUCUCUACUUGUUAUAGGGUUUGUAAGCGAACAGCAUGGAUCCUGAUCAGACUGCGCGAAUGCGCAGGCUGGUCUGGAUCCAUGCUGGUCGCAAACGCACUAUGUUGGUUUUGUCGUGACGUGGCUCAUUUACUCUACUGGAAGCAACUGAAUUUUACAAUAUGACCAGUGCAAGCCAAGAUCAGCUUGUACAUUGUACAUCCGUGAAACCUGAUCAUGAUACAUUAAAGUUAGUAUUUACUGUCUGAAUUGUGAACGGAUGAUACAAAGACUAAUAUUGCCCUAAAUGAUAGUAUAUUUUCUAUUACUUGGUGUGUAUUUUCUAUUACUUGGUGUGUAACUAUUUUAUUUUCUUACAUUUUUUAUCCUGAAUUUUGUCUGUUUUGCACUUAAUCAUUUUUAUAGAUGUUAAUUUAUUUUGAUAAUUCUCGUAUGUACAUUGUAAAUCAUGCAAUAGCAAUUUAAAUAAUCAAUAAAGAAUUAUUCACCUGA